CAAAGUUUGUUUUUUGAAACCACUUUGAAACCCUUAAUUUCGAAUUUAAUGAAUUAAUACGAUAUAACAAUAACGUGUGUCCCAAUUAAUUAUGAUUUUAUCUGCCCGUGAGUGUGAAAAUCAGUUGCACUGUGAAUAUUAUCGUUAAACAGAUCAAAUCCUCAAAGAGAUAUUUUUUGAGGAUUGUUUACAUUCGUGUCUGUGAUUGUUUAUAAUAAUUUGCAAGAAUAUCGUCCAAGAUCGAUGAAAUUAAAUUUAAUUGCUGAAUAUUAUUAACGAUGUGCAACAGUCUACAUAUUAAUAAUUUUUAUGUUACAGGCUUCAGUCCCCUGUUGAUUCCAUGAGUCCAUGUUAUUACAUGAGUGAAGUGAUUGAGAAGUAUCAAGCUGUCUGCUAGUAAAUAGAAUAGAAAUACAUAGUUUUUCAUUUAUAUAAACUUUCACAAGAAUUCAAAAGAAUCAUUAAGUGAAUCUAUCAUUGUAGGAAUGCCUACUCGCAAGAACCACAAAGAAAUCUGUUAAAGUAAUUAAUAUCUGUGCAACAAGGCUCCUUCAUACUAUUUUGUAUACUGUGUAUAGAAGGGAUUGUAACUAUUAUAGAGACACUGCUAGACAAUCCAUUGGACUGCUCACCAGUGAUAUAAUGGAGUUUAGUUCCACAGAAAAGACAGUACCAAGGAGUCGAGAGCCAUCAAAAUCACAGUUCUGCAUGAUAUGUCUAGACACCAGCGCAGCCUGUAAGCUGUACUCGGCUAACACAUAUAACCUGGAUUUGGAAUUUGAACACUUGACUGGGAUUUCACUGGAAAGUGUCAUGCUCUUUGUGCCACAGUUCUGUACAAUAUGUGCUCAAAGGCUUAGCAACUCCCGCAAACUCAGGGAUAAGUGUCUGAGAGCUUAUCAUUUACUGAUGGAAUUGGUUGAAGUAAAUAAAUUGCUGACAACAGACAACAUCAAAACACUAAACAGAUCAAACAACCUUACAUCAAGUAUGGGCAAGAGAUCAUUCCAACCAGACCACUGUGACUUGUAUCUGAUACACCAAGAACAAGAGCCAGACAUACAAGAAUUACCACACAGUAAAUCAAUAAAAACUGAAGAGAAGUUACUUGACACCAAACUUGUACUGAACCCUGAUCUCGAGGAUGAAAAUAAUGUUGAAAAUGAAGUUAAAACGAAAGAUAUCCAAACUGAUGAUCUAGUAGAUUUUGAUUUGGAUGAUCAAACAGACAAUCUAGAAAAUAUAGAUGUUGAUAUACAAUCUAAUGAAAGAGUUUACAACAGAGUUGAUUUAUCUAACAAGAAAACUAUGAAAAUGGAAGUUGAAAGUGUUAAUGGAAAACUUAUACGGAACCCUGAUCUUGAAAAUGAAGUAGAAGUUAAAAAUCAACUUAAAAUGGAUAAUUUAUAUGAUGAACAAACUGAUGAUCUAGAAAACGUUGAUAUGGAUAUUGAUAUACUUGAUAAAAGAGUCAAGCAUAAAGAUAUGUAUAGGAACUGUGUAGUGAACGAUACAGACAAUUGCAUUUAUUUGAAAGUAGUAGAAAAUAGUCAUUUGGAAUCAGGAGUUAAUGAUGAAGCAGACACUGAAACUGUUAAAAUGCCACCUGCUAUAGUCACUAAUAGUAAAAUUAAAGCUAUACAAAAACGUACGGUUAAACCAAAAGCGGUUAAGAAAGGUAAAAACCCAGUAAAAGUCGAUCAGGAAUUUUCAAAACAGUUCAAAGUGACGGAAAUGACUCAUGAAGAACAGUUAACUGAUUUACAGAAAAGGAAAGAGACGGCCAAUUUUCAAAAUUCUUUAUAUAAAUGUGUGGAGUGUUUCAAAGGAUUCCGUAGUGGCAACGUUUUUAAUACACAUAAGGACAAACAUACUGAUAAAUUUGGGAAAGUAAUCUGCCUUGUAUGCGGGCUUCACUACCCAACUCAACACAAACUGAACGAGCACGUGUCUCGCGUCCACAGGAUGAAAUACAGUUGCACUAGCUGUUCGCUUGUCACCAGCCACAAGAUGGCAGCCAUCAACCAUCAAAACUGGCACAAUGGCGUCAUAUACACCUGUCCGCAUUGUCAGGAGAAGCGACGGUCAAAGACCGGCUACUUGUCGCACCUGCGCAUAAUGCACCCCACGGACGUGGUGUGUACUGUAUGCGGGUUCUCCUUCCUCAACCAGAAGGGCCUCGGCCUGCACGUCAAGAGGAAACACCGUGACCACGACGUAGAGAAUCCAGAUGGUCCGCUGUGUGAACCGUGCGACAUCCGCUUCGCAUCUGACGCGGCGUAUCAACAACAUAUGCAGGUUUCGCUCAAACAUUCCGCCGGAAAGUUACUGAAACGGAACACUCCUAAACAGAACUACACCAGAGCAGACAAGACUGAAGAUGAACUCAACUCUGAGACCAAGCUGCUCUCAUGCGAACAGUGCGGCGUCCAACUCCACGGUUUCAGGUCGUACAACCAUCACUUCAAAACGCAGCACCCGGGCGAGCCUCGGGCGCAGCACCCGCCGCACAAGCCCAGCGCAGUGACCUCACAGUGCUUGUGCGAAAAGUGCGGCCAGUCGUUUUUGACCAAACACACAUUGAAAUUCCACAUGACGUCGAAGCAUUCAGGCAAGAAGGAGUUCAAGUGUGACGUGUGCCAGAAGACGUUCUGCCUCAGACGCUACCUCGCGCUGCACCUGAAGACCCACAGCGGAGACCAGCCGCUGCACCAGUGCCCCGUGUGCCAGAAGAAGUUCAACCUGCGGGCGAACUGCAAGAGACAUAUAUGGACGCACGCGGCGCGCAAGCCGCACGCGUGCGCGACGUGCGCGCGCUCGUUCGCGGACGCGGCGGCGCUGCGCUCGCACGUGCGCCACUACCACUACAAGACGCCCUACCCCAAGAAACGACGCGCGUAGAUACCUCACACGUUACCCUUGACGCUCAAAAUGUGGGGUUCCUAAAAUUUUAAGUUCUCAUAAUGUUAAACUUAUUUAUUUACUAGAGGAUGAUUUAGUCAGGAUCAAAAAAUAGACUACAGUAUAAGCUGACGUUUCACGUUACCCGUUCCUGACAUUUUUUUCUCUCUCUCGUCUGGCUUUACACUAAUUAGCCAAUGUCAAGUUUGUAGUUAUUUACAAGUUAGGGAAACUAUAUGUAUAAGUAUGGACUUCGUCUG